AUCACAUUGACACUUGACAUCAGUGUUUGUCGAUGAAUUGAGCGUCUAUGUUUUUAGGGAAGUUUAUAAAUUGAACCAUUUUUAGUAAAAAUAGCAAGAGUAUGCACUUUCUUUAAAUGUUACGCCCCCACUAAGAAUACACUUAGUAGUGCUUUGCUGUUUCUGUUGUGUUUAGUUGGACAGGCCUACCUCAACAAUUUAGUUCAUACUGACUGCGUUUGAUGCUCAGUUAAUUGAUCAUGACAGAAAUAGUGUAUCCUCCAGGAUGUCGUCCAAUAAGUGAUGAUUUGGGUCCCGACGAACUUAUUCGUCGUCUUAAAACUCUAGCCCAUAUACUUCAGGCUAUGGGACAAGACGAUGGAGAAUAUAAGCAGUAUGUACCAUUGUCACUGCAUUUGGCUGAGGAACAAUUUCUCUCUCAUCCAUCAAGAGAUGUACAAUUGUUAAUUGCUUGCUGUAUAGCAGAUGUUUUAAGAGUUUAUGCUCCUGAUGCUCCAUAUCAAGACCCUGAGCAAGUCAAAACCAUAUUCUUGUUUUUAAUUACCCAGCUGUCUGGAUUGAAAGAUCCUAAAGAUGCUGCUUUUAAAAGAUAUUUUUAUUUAUUGGAGAAUCUGGCCUAUGUGAAAUCAUUCAACAUGUGUUUUGACCUACAGGACUGUCAGGAAAUAUUUUGUGCAUUGUUUCAAUUAAUGUUUAAGAUUGUAAAUGACGAACACUCGGGUAGAGUAAAGAGUUUUAUGCUUGAUGUUUUAUGUCCUCUAAUCACAGAAAGUGAUAUGGUUGGUAAUGAUUUAUUGGACAUUAUUCUGUUAAAUAUUGUAGAGCCAAAUAAAACGCAGCAUAAGAAUGCAUAUUUUUUGGCAAAAGAAUUGAUUAUCAAAACUUCAGAGACCUUGGAGCCUUAUAUACAAGCAUUUUUCAACCAGGUUCUUAUUUUGGGCAAGGAAGAUAAAAAUUUACAAAUUUCCAGUAAAGUUUAUGAUUUAAUUUAUGAGCUUAAUCAUAUUUGUCCCCAAAUUUUGGUGUCGGUGUUGCCGCAACUAGAAUGUAAACUGAAAAGCACUCAAGAAGGGGAAAGAUUGGCUGCAGUGGCUUUAUUGGCAAAAAUGUUCAGCGAAAAGGAUUCCGAAUUGCCCAAAAGACAUGGUGCUUUGUGGACUGCAUUUUUAGGUAGAUUUAAUGAUAUAUCAGUUGCAAUUAGAACAAAAUGUGUUCAGUAUUCAAUGCACUUUUUACUAAACCAUCCCGACCUGAGAAAAGACAUUACUGAAACACUGAAAAUGAGGCAACAUGAUUCAGACGAAAAUGUUAGAUAUCAAGUUGUAAUGUCUAUUGUCACCACAGCCCGAAAUGACUUCCAAGUGGUAUCGGAUUCAGAAGAUCUUUUAGAAUUUGUAAAGGAGAGAACAUUGGAUAAAAAAUUUAAAAUUCGCAAGGAAGCAAUGGCUGGAUUGGCACUUAUCUAUAAGAAACAUCUUAGUGAUGCUGAUGUUCCAAAUGCGACGAAAAAAGCUGUGACAUGGAUUAAAGACAAAAUAUUGCAUGGAUAUUAUAUGGCAGGAAUGGAAGAUAGACUACUUGUAGAAAGAUUGCUUAACACUUGCCUAGUGCCCUAUCAGCUUCCUGCACAAGAAAGAAUGAAGAAGCUUUACCAUCUUCUUGGCACUGUAGAUGAACAUGCUACAAAAGCGUUCAUGGAGCUUCAAAAGAAUCAAUUGUGUGUGAGAAAGCUAGUUCUGGAAUGGCUAGAACUUCACAGGAAAUCAGGAGCUCAUCCAAGUCCAGAAAUAAAUAAAGAAGUUGGAAAUAAAAUUCAUGCCCUCUCUAGGUGUCUUCCAGAACCAGUUAAAGCACAUGAGUUUCUAGUUAAAUUCAAUAACCAUUUAAAAAAAGAUCCCGAUCUUCUGGAAAAAUUUGAAACUGUUACCAAACCAUCAGUAAGUUGUAAAGAAUGUUCUGAAGCAACAGCUGCUGUUUUGAAGAAACUCGGAUCACCAGUCAUGACAAAUCUAUACUACAACAUGGUCAAGAUGUUACUUGAAAGAAUAAGUUCUGUAAUGAUCGAUCAUGAGGCUUUGGGUAUAUUAAUAGGUUAUGUGGAAGAUUGUUUAAGUGGCGGAAACGCAAUUGAAGAAAUAGGUUUACAUCCUGCCACAGCAGGCGAUCGGGGCUUGAAACUCUUAAUUAUGCUAAGUGUGGUGUUUCCUUCACAUUUUCAUCAUGCUGAUAUUCUAGAAGAAUUGAUGGACCUACUUAGACUCAAUGACGAAAAUGUUGCACCUCUUGUGCUUUCCAUAUUUACAUUUUUAGGAAAAUACAAAUGCCUGUAUGAGCAAUUUCCAAACCUUAUAUAUACCCUUGCACCCACUUGCACCGAAUUAGCAUGCACUGGUACUCCAAAACAGGCUAAAGGAGCCAUACAUUGUAUAUUUAAGAAUAUGCCUCCUCUACAUGAUGAAUUAUUUUCAUCAAUUUUGGAAUCUGUGAAAAAUAAUUUAACUCCUGAAUCACCACAUUAUAGAACAGCUAUUGUUGCCUUGGGGCAUAUAGCAUACAAUGUUCCAGAUAAAUAUAAAGUGCAGAUCAAAAAUAUUGUGUCCAGAAAGAUAGUGAAGGAACUUUUGGUAAACAAUGAGCGAGACAAUCUAAAAGAUGAAUAUUCGAGAAACGAUGAUCCGUGGUGUCCAGAGGAUGAACUUCCUGAGGAUACUCGUUGUAAAAUCGAAGGUUUAAAGGCAAUGGCUAGGUGGCUGCUAGGUCUUAAACAAGAUACAGCAUCUGCCCAAAAGACAUUUAGAAUGCUAAAUGCAUUUAUUUUGCACAAAGGUGACCUAAUGCAAUCUGGAAAAAUGUCUAGAUCAGAAAUGUCUUGGUUAAGAUUAGCCGCAGGUUGUGCUAUGCUCAAGGUUUGUGAGCAGAAGGGAGUUGGAGAUCAAUAUACUGCUGAACAAUUUUAUAACUUGUCACAGUUGAUGUGUGAUGAAGUCAAACAAGUGCGAGAAAUAUUUGCUACUAAAUUGCACAAAGGACUAAACAAAGGAUUACCCAGUAAGUGCCUUCCCCUAGACUUCAUGGGUUAUUAUGCACUUGCUGGUAGAGAACCUGAAAACAGGCUUAGGACUGUUAUUAAAAAUUAUAUGAUCAAUGACAUUAACAGGCGGCGAGAUUAUGUUAAAACUUUAACAAUGGGUGCAAGUAAUCAAGGAGAUCGGGCCAUGCUUCAACUGCCACACAUAAUGCCCGAUUACAUGUUGGUUUUUGCUAUUCCCAUUUUAGCUCAUGAUCCUCGGCUUACAAAGUGGGAUGACGUUGCUGAACUUCAAACAGCCCAGCAAUGUCUUUGGUUUAUUUUGGAACCCUUAGUAAGCAAAAACGAUUACUUUAGUUAUAGCUUUUACAGAACAUUAAUUGAAAAAAUGAAGAAUCACAAAAAUGCUGUUAGACCAGAUGAUGAUCAUUUAAAUUAUAAACUGUGGGCUCUUUGCGAUUUAACAACAGGUCUUCUACUUACGAGAGCCACCAAUUACGACACUAAAGAUUUUCCAAGUGAAAUUCGCAUACCCACUAUGCUUUUUACCCCACAAAGGAAUUUUACGAAUACAAAGGUGUUCUUACCUCCUGAACUGCAAUACCAACCAAACAAAAAGACAAGCAUUACAUUGUCAAUGUUAAAUAGUGAAAACCCAAAAACGAAAAGGCCAAAAUUCAAUCAGAAAGCAGCAGAAGGCUGCGGUCCCUUGGGAACGGACGUGUUGCACUCUGAUUCCCUAGUAGGACUAGAUGCACAGCCCUCUGAAGCCUCAGAAACCAAAAUCCACGUUCCCGCUCUAGAAGAAGGUCUAGAAGAACCUCCAACAAAAAGGUUACGAGAAAGAAUAAAAGUAGGCGAAGAGAAGUGAUGUAAAUAUUUUCCGGACUUUCAUAUUUGGUGAGAUCUCUGUAUGCGAAUUGGUUAAGCCCUUUUUCAUAUUGUUAUGCUUAAUUUGGUGUAAUAAUUGUUUUUUAUUGUUUUUUUAAAUCUUACGAAAUAUGCGACAAAGUAGAUUUAAGUACAAGGAAUAUCUACUCUAUUUUUAUAAAUUCAAAGGGUAUAACAAAUAUUUGACAUGUGAUGCUAUUAAAGUAUAAAAAAUAUAUGUAUUAAAUUAGCUUCUUGCAAAAAACAUUGACAAGGUGGAUAAAGCAGUAGCAGAGCAGAUUUUUGCAUUUGGAUAGGCUGUACAACUUCAUAUUACUUUCACUUUUUGUUUCUCACUUUAACUGUUAAUAGUGAAAAUUUAUUUAUUUAUUAGCUGUGUAGAUGUGUGAUUCAACUUUUGUUAAAAACUGAACAUUGGACAAAAGCAUAAUCUUGUUUCUGGAUUUGCCUUUUUUUGUACUAGAUAUUGUACUUUUGAUUUGACAUUUUUUGCUGCUACACUUUACUGUUGACAUUUUUCCAAACAAUUUUUAGGGUAGUACCCACAAAAUGUAUUAAAAAGUUAGUAUUUGGGGAUUUGGUUUCCCAGAACUACUAAAUUGGAUUAUUUAAUAAUUGCAUUAAGUUUUACCCAAGGGGAGAAUUUCAAUUCUUUCUAUUUUUACCUAUAUGUUUCUUUUUUGGAUUGAUUGUAACCCCAACUCCCACCUGAAGCUCGGAAAUAGUAUUUUUCCAACACUCAUUUAUUUGAUUUUCGCAAAUUUUUAGUCAUUAACAUGCUACUCUUUUAUGGACGAUUUAACGGAGAGAUCCUACUGAGAACAUGCUAUAAUUUUAUUUGGUUUCGUGUAUUUUUGUCAUUUUUUGAAGUGUUAUAAUUUAGGGCUACCAGAUUUUCGUAUUGUAUAAUAGAUUGAAUAGAUUUAGUAUACAGUUUUCUACUAUCAACAAUAAUUAAAUUGUACAAAAAAUGUAUUUUUAAAAAUAAAAUAAAUAAAC